AGACACCUCUGGGGGGUGAAGUCAAACCACUGUGUUGGCAGCACCAAAGUGACCUCCCUGGGGUGCAAGCCUGGGCAGUGUGGAUGGAGGUCCUGGGCUGCCCAGACAAGACCCCGCUCUCAGCCUCACUGAUGGGUCCAAAGGAAAGCAGAGCAAUAGGUUUGGCACCAGCUUGGAUGCAAGAGUUUCCGGAAGGAGACAUACAAGGCACCAUCCAACAGUCUUAGGGACUCCACUCCAGAUUUGUGAAGGGUUUACUCCUUAGCCUUUGCUUCUCCCACAAGACAGUGGGAGGUUUGGGAUCAGCUGGGAUCAGAUAUCCCACAAGGCAGUGGGAGGUUUGGGAUCAGACACCGUGCUCUGACCAUCUCUCCAGCUUGUCACCUUUAACAGACUGCAACCUUUUUUCCUAGGUCAACUCUAAAGACUCUACCUUUCUCCUUUCACUAACCAAGGGCUGGAGGAGGGGCCCCAUCCACUUGCUGUCUGCCCCAGAGCCCCUCUCCAUAAUGGGCUAUUAUCUUCCUUUUGUUUUCUUAAUGGCUCAUCUCCCAGGCAAUUACCACAUCAGUAGACUAGCCUGGAUUAUAUUUUAACCCUUGCUGGAUCCAGAGCUUCAGGGGGCUUGAUGGAAUUCUAACAGCUACUGGACUCACAAAUUUAGGGUGUCAUGCACCCACAAACUCAUAAGAAUCUUUUCACAGAAGUCUACCUUUUUCCAGCCCCAGCCCCCCACCCCAAACUGAUCCUAGGGUCAUUGAAGCAAAUACUUAACCACUCGUAUUAUACUUACUAGAUGCACUGUUGGGGAUGACUACAUUUAUAUAGGUGAUGUCCAAAGUUAUAAACAGAGUAGACCCCUUAACUCCAGUGAUUUCAAUGGGUCUACUCGGAGUAUUACUAACAUUGGUUUCACCCCAUGUGUUUUUAAGUCAUGGUUUGAAUGAGUGGUUAAAAACCCCACGUUUGUUUUGGAAAAUCAAGCGACGUACUUUGCUGCCAACAUAAUGUGCAGGCUGGCAGUGUUACAUUUUCCACGUUUUAUUUACUCUAGCCCCAGCUGAGUUGAGUAGCUAUAGUGACAAAACUUUGGUGCCCAAGCGUUGCUAUUACACAAGCAAAGGGAGCCUAAGAUAUGCUUGACAUUUCUCAUAACUGGGCUGCGCUUGAAGUGAAGGAACAAUUGCUGCCUGCCAGUCUUCUAAUCUCAGAUACUUAAAACCCUCCUUGGAUCAGCAGAACUAAUGCUUUCAUACAAUUCUUUCUACAUACCAGGGUAAGGGCUUAAAACUGAACUUUUAGAACACCAGCAAUUUGCAAAGAAAAUAUUUCUUCCCAGUCCACGGGGCUAUUGAUAGCCUGUCAGUUUCUACUGAAAGCCGAUUAAAUCUUGAGUGAAGAUAAAUCAGGGCUGGAGGGAAACAUGCAAACAGAUCCAAAAACAGGGCACAUUAGAAAUUACUUUUUUUUCAGCUGUCACUACUCUUCAACCAGACUUUGGGGGGGGGGACUACUGAAAAUUGUUUAAUUAAAUGGGGUGCAUCUCGCAUACCGAUAAGCUGAUUAUCACACACUGUUGUGGCAUGCAGUAAGAAGUUGUUUACUGCUUCCCUCUCCAAAUUUCUGAUCAGGAACAGCAAGUUGGAAAAAUUCUUCACGUUGCUCCUUAGGAUAUUAUACCUCGCUAGCGUGGUGAGCACAGGCACGUCAUGGCUAAUGGUAUUCUGUAUGAAUCACCCUUUGCUUUGAGGACUUGUGAGGAUACAUGGGGAUCCUGCAGUUUCUUUGCUCAUUACACUUGCUUUAUUGGGGUAAACUGCAUUGUAGCUCCUUCCUGCACUGCUUGGAUAACUUGAAAAGCCCACACCGGUUCCCUUCUCUGCCGGUUUUCCCAAGAAGCGACGCUGAUUGCAGGGAGGAGCAUCGGUGUGGGCUCCUUCCUGUGUCGUCCAAGGAUUCUCAAGGACCCUUGAGUAAAGUCAGCAAGGAACUACACUACAGCAAUUCCCAUAGGUAAAGGUAAAGGGACCCCUGACCAUUAGGUCCAGUCGUGGCCGACUCUGGGGUUGCGGCGCUCAUCUCGCUUUACUGGCUGAGGGAGCCAGUGUACAGCUUCUGGGUCAUGUGGCCAGCAUGACUAAGCCGCUUCUGGCGAACCAGAGCAUCGCACGGAAACGCCGUUUACCUUCCCGCUUGAGCGGUACCUAUUUAUCUACUUGCACUCUGACAUGCUUUCGACCUGCUAGGUUGGCAGGAGCAGGGACCGAGCAAUGGGAGCUCACCCUGUUGCGGGGAUUUGAACCGCCGACCUUCUGAUCGGCAAGUCCUAGACUCUGUGGUUUAACCCACAGCGCCACCUGCAUCCUAGCAGUUCCCAUACCAUGAACACAACAAGAGAAGAGGCCCUCAAGUUAUUCCAUGUGGGCAGAAGAUGACACCUGCCUCAGGAGGGACAUGCUAUCAUGUUUUCAACACAGCUGUUUGUUUAAUGUUGUUGCAAGGCUUGCAUGCCACCCCCAAUCUCUGCCAAGCUGUAGCAAGUCUCUAGGGGUACCAGGUGGUUUCUCAGGGUCGUGUUUCCAUUGGGAAUCAAGAUGGGGCAGAGGGAGCAGGGGUGGGGUCUAGGGUGGACGUGAGGCCUAGGGAGAAUCCAAGCGAGGCUUGAAGGACCCUAUUCCAUCCUAACCCUACAAGGCCCAUCAUCUCUGGUCACUGGCCAUGCUGACUGGGGCCAAAAGAGGUUGGAAUACAGUGACACGGAGGGAAAGUGAUUCCCAUUCCCCUUUUCUCUAAAGAUACACUGAACAGGAAAAAAAUAUGAAACAGGAGCAUUGUACUGGCCUGCUGGUCAGGGGGGCUUUGUUAGCUGUAGUUGCCUGUCAGAUAGAUAGAUAGAUAGAUAGAUAGAUAGAUAGAUAGAUAUAGAUACAGUGGUGCCCCGCAAGACGAAAAACUCGCUAGACGAAAGGGUUUUGCGUUUUUUGAGUCAUUCCGCAAGACGAAUUUCCCUAUGGGCUUGCUUCGCAAGACGAAACGUCUUGCGAGUUCUUGCGAGUUUGUUUCCUUUUUCUUAAAGCCGCUAAGCCGUUAAUAGCCGCUAAGCCGCUAAUAGCCGCUAAGCCGCUAAUAGCCAUGCUUCGCAAGACAAAAAAACCGCAAGACGAAGAGACUCGCGGAACGGAUUAAUUUCAUCUUGCGAGGCACCACUGUAUAGAUAUAGAUAUAGAUAUAGAUAUUACGCACACAUCCUUUAUUGAAAAAUAAAAGUACACAAUUACAAGUGCACACGGUAAGAUAAGACACAAAAAGAUGAAGAAAAAAGAAAUAGUACCCGUGUAGAAAACAAAACAGAACUAAAAUAAUGUAUACAUUACCAAAGAAAAGAAAAGAAUGUUAUUGUGGUUAACCAGACCUCAAUCUAAUACAGUAUUUAUAAAAAUGAAUUUCAAAUAUUGUUAAAUUUGUCCAUAGCAAGCUUACGUUUGUACUCAACUUGUUCAUGUGCAGCGAGUUUCUGCAUAUCUUCCAUCAUUAAAGAGAGCUGCAUUUUUAUUUGUCCACUUCUCCAAUACCUGUCUUUUUGCCAUAGUAAGGGCACGGGGAGUCCAUUCAUAUUGCCCCCUUGUUAGAUUCCAUGUGUUGGGUAUAUAAUUCACAAUGAUAUUUUCCUCUGCUAAUUUAAGAUUAUUCCUGUAGUUCUCUGUUGAGGAUAGACUUAAUGGUGCACAGCAUUCUGACACAGCAUAUAAAAGUUCACUACUGAGCCUUAUCGUCUUCUUUUUCUUCUUCCAGAUAUACAGGUUUCAUUCCAAAUCUUGAAAGCAUUAUUGGGGAAACUUACGGCAAUGCCACCAGAAAGCUGCUUGCCCGUCAGGCAAAGUUGCUGCGGUUAAGCCACACUGCUGCUGACACACCUGAGCACAGAAAUCUUCUCGGACAGCCAUGUGGUCAUCAUUAUACUCAGCAGGCAGGAGGCAGAAAUACUGCAUAUGGUAUGACAACUGUCCUUAAGAUAUGAUUCAAUACAUUUCAGAAAAUUAUAAUGAAGAAUACCCCCUGCCCCAGCAUCAAUAAUUCCUAAGAACAUGAGAAGAGCAGUGUUGGGUCAGACCAAUGGUCCACGUGGUCCAGCAACUAGUAUUCAGAAGCAUAAAGACGUAAAACAUAGCCUUAUCCUCCAUGGAUCCCGCUUUUUAAGGGUGGUACUACACAUGUAAUCAGGGGCGGAGGAAGGGGGGCGGACCACCCCUGGUGUCAUCACUGAGGGGGUGGAACUGUGUGGAGUUAUCUCCUGUUCCACUCACAACAUGUAGGAUUGUUGGUGCUAUGUAUUUAUUGCAUAAGGAGGGAACCUUUCUUCUGUCAAACGAAAUCAAAUACGAAAUUGCAUAGUACAUCAACUAUCAAGCACCAUCAAAUGUUGAAAUCGGUUGCCGCUUUUCUUCUGUUUUACCCCUCUGAGAGCCAGUGUGGUGUAGUGGUUAAGAGCGGUAGACUCGUAAUCUGGGGAACCGGGUUCGCGUCUCCGCUCCUCCACAUGCAGCUGCUGGGUGACCUUGGGCUAGUCACACUUCUUGAAGUCUCUCAGCCCCACUCACCUCACAGAGUGUUUGUUGUGGGGGAGGAAGGGAAAGGAGAAUGUUAGCCGCUUUGAGACUCCUUAGGGUAGUGAUGAAGCGGGACAUCAAAUCCAAACUCUUCUUCUUCUUCUCUGCAUACUCAAUAUCCAAAUAUGCCAUCUAUUUUGGUAGCAAGUUAGACAUCUGCACAGGUUAUUUUACAGUGGUACCUCGGGUUAAGAACUUAAUUUGUUCUGGAGGUCCGUCCUUAACCUGAAACUGUUCUUAACCUGAGGUACCACUUUAGCUAAUGGGGCCUCCCGCUGCGGCGUGAUUUCUGUUCUUAUCCUGAAGCAAAGUUCUUAACCCGAGGUACUAUUUCUGGGUUAGCGGAGUCUGUAACCUGAAGUGUCUGUAACCUGAAGCGUAUGUAACCUGAGGUACCACUGUACCUUGAAAGUGCUUCUGAUGGGAUAUCGGGAAGAAUCUGAGGAGAAAGUGUGGGGGGGGGAGAGAGGGAGAAUAAAAACCAAGACAUUAUCUUUCACCUGAUAAACCAAGGUUUUUCCAAACUUAAGAGUCAUGUGGGCAUGCUUCCUCUUCCAUAUUCCCUCAUGCAUCUUAAUGCAACAUUUUCAGAGUUUGUUAAUGUACCAUUUCUUGUUACAUCAAAACUGUGGUUUAUGCUUUGACUGCAAUGGUAGUUUGCAAACCAGGAUCAAACCAAGUUCUGCAAUCCUGGUUUACGGUCAGAGCUUAAACCACAGUUUCCCGUUUUUUUACAUAAUAGGAAACCUUGGUUUAACAAACUCCAGAAAGAUUAUCAGAUCACACGCAUUGCACCUGAACUGGGUCUAGAUAUGUAAUUUUUGAUUCUUUGAAUUCAAAUAAUUCAUUUGAAGGAUAUCUUUGGGCAGUCAUGCCAUGUACCCUGUGGAAAUCUACAAUAAAUAAGUUGAAAAAGGUUAUUUCCCCCCAUUUCAUAAAGAGAAAAUCAUACUGUGGUUCAAUUCCACUUUCCCUUGGAAUAAAGAGAGAAUGAAAAUUACCAUAAUAUCCCCAGUUCUAACCGUGUGCAACACACAUUUCCAACAAUAGUGCAAAGCCACCUGACAUUAAUAGGAAAGUGCAUGAGAGACUGAGAACCUUUAUAAGGAAAAUGAAAUAGGAAGUAAGAGGACGCCAACCCACUGAAUUGUCUGUCUUAAGAUGACAACCAAGAAUAAAAUUCCAACAUUAAGCCUUAUUAUCUAGGAUUAAGGCAAUCCCUUCCUGAUUUCAAAUGCAUGUUCAGCUUUUAUCUCAGUGACUGUUGCAAACUUCCAUCCCUGUCCCAGAAUACCCACCAAUGAAUACCAAUCACCAUCUCUUUACACGAAGACCUCUGUAUGACUGCGAUCCUUCAACUGCUUCAGCUGUUCAGACAAUUGAAAGAGCAAAGGCAGACUUAAAACCACCACCAAAACCAGACAAGACAAGACAACUCACCCUAACAAAGCCAGGAGACAAGACAGUUAUGGUAUGUAGGUUUCAGGCAUUACUAUGACUUUCACAUACUCCAGAAAGUAUCAGUGCUAUUUGGUUUUGAUGAUACGCAUCUAGGACUUCAGGGCUCCUCUGACUUAAAGUCAAUGGCUUAAUCUAGAUACACACUAAACCAUUCUUUGGCAUUAUGCAAACAAGUUAUCAAGUUGUGACAUCUCCCUCUCUUCUCCUGCACUAAUAACUUCCUGGGCCUGGGCAAACCACAGUUCAGGGCUACAUCUGAUCUGGCAAAUAAAAGUUUGCAUGAGCCCUUCAAAUCAGGAUUAGGAACCAGUGUUUGAUUCUGGCUUCCUUUCUUAGUUCACAGUGUAAGAACAAACCAUUGUUUUGCCAGUUCAGAUGUGACAUGAAACUGUAGUUUGUCAAAACCCAGGAAAGUCUUCAUGAAAAAUAAGGGAAGCGAGGAAGGAUUUGAAGGCUGGUGGGGGGCGGGCGGGCAGAGAUGAUGUCACAUUAUGUUCUGGAGGGGAUCCAGGCAAAAGGGGCAGCAAGAGAGAUUGAGCAGAAUACCUUAAGACUUUUGGACAACUGAAGAUGUUAGAGCCGGAGGAGGGAAGGCCAGUGUGUCAUAAUUUUACUCUGAAUUAUUUCUGUCAUGACAGAUUUCUUCUUCUGCAACACCUGGUUGGCCCUCUGACAAGAAAAUAUUGGGUACCACCAUUCCGGAGUCAGUCAGAGUUCAAAAAGCAGAGGGUGAACAAACUUCUACUCCCAAGAAGAGAGAUGCUAUUCAAAAAAGUUUCGGAAAGCCAAUAUACAGAGCUGAUAGGGGUUUCCCUCCAUCUUACACUGGCUACAUCCCAGGUAUGUUUCCCCACCCGCCCCUAGCCUAAAUUUGUGGUUCCAUUUGCGUUAAUCCAUCCACAUUAAAAGAAAAAGAAAAACACCCUUAAUCUAUUUCGCUAGAGAAGAUUAAAAGCAAACCCGGAAAUAAAGUAUAUCUAGGUCAUUUCAUCUGCCCCUUUAAUCUCCCAGUUAUAAGCUAUUAGGUAAAGUGGAAACAUUGCCUGGGCAUAUGCAGAUCCAAUCCUUAGCGAAUUGCCUUUUGCAAAGAGGUUAAAGGGCAAUUUCACAAAUGAAAAUCGAGACAGUCUGUAUGGAGGCUGUCUUGACCCUGUCCCUGUGUUGGGUCACACACAGAAGCAAAGAACUUCAAUAAUGAAGGAUUUUCAUGACCAGAUUCCAAAGUCGUUUGCUUAAGCACCUAGAGAAGAUCCGAGAUGGUGUCCAAAGUUGUACCUGUUUUACAGUUGUCCUGGCUACUGCUCCUUUCCUACUGCUGGAGAAGAUAUAACUUUUAAAUAUAAGUUUGGUUUUGACAUAAGUACCAUAGUUUCAUGUGACUGGAACUAGCCUUAAGAUUGCAUGACCCCUCCUCCUCUCAUCAUAUGUGCUAUUUCUUUCCCUUCUGGGUCUUCAGCAAAACACAGUUUGCUGUUGUGUCUGAACCAGAAAGCAAGUUUGCACUUGUUCUGAAAAGCAGGAUUGUGAAUCUGCUAUAAAACUGAGGCUCAUUCCAGGUUUGUUCUUGCAAUGCCAAACCAUGAUUUGGUGUUAUGCCUGAAGUGGGCAUAUGUCGAAAAGGUGGUAGUGAUCUUUUUUAAAUGGAAGAACCAUAGCAAGAAUCUACUUGUCUCUGGGGCAAAAUAUAGUCAAGAUAAAAUCUUAAAAUGCCCUCUUAAGUGGGAAGUAUCUGAGACUCUGAACUGGUAAGUUUAACUUUCCCCAGCUGAUACCAAAUAUCUGGUGUAGACCAAUCUUCCUACCUUAUUUUAAAAGCACUGAAAGUGACAUAGUACAGUACAAUACUAAUUGAAAUCAUCGUGUCCCUCCUGUAGGUUUAUAUUUUAAAAAGAGAAACAUACACAACCACGGGAGGGGAGGCGGAGGAGACAUGAAGAAAGACAUUCUGGAGCAGAGAAAAAUGCUUCAACAAGGCAUGGUUUAGUCUGGCUUACUUUAUGAAAAUGUUAGCUGUGCAGUUAGGAAACAGAUUUAGCUCCCUGUUUACCAAAGCUCAUACCUGGAUUGCAGACGCGACUCAAUGGCCGACACUUUAGAGGAAAGGAAAUACGAGGCCUCUCUCUCAACCACAGAGAAUGUUCUGUGAAGCAGAUGACAGCCUCUGUCUCUCUCAACCAGCUGCAUCUUAAGAGCUUUGAGUGAUAUAAACCCGAUAAAACAGUCACUUUUGCCACCAACGAGUAAACACUUUGGGUGGCUUGAAGAGGUGGGUAGAGGUUGUGCGGUGCAGUGGUUAGAGUACUGGACUAGGACCUGGGCAGCCAAGGUUCAAAUCCCCAUUCAGCCAUGAAAUAGGGGAGGAUGCUGCUGAGACAGCGAUAGCUGACAACUUACAGAUUUGAAAAUAAGGGACCAGCAGCCUUGAAAAUAAGGGACCAGCAGCCAAAAUAAGGGACCUGCAGCCUCACCUGUUCCAGGCACUCCAGUCUUCCUGUCCUCCUGCAGUUAGUCAAACUCAUGCUGGUAGAUUCGAGAACACUGUCCAACCAACUUUGUAGCCAGAGGUUCAACUGAAUAGAAUCUGAAUCACAUGCACCACAAGGCCUAUGCAGCCUCAACUUAAGAUGGCUCCCCGGCCUGGCUUUGCACUGCAAAGUUUGCAGCAGCACGUGCAACAAAAUGGCGUCCAGCAUUCAAAAAACCCCUCAGCUUGUAUUAACUAGCCACACACAAGGCAUGCAAGCUCCACCCCCCAGUCAUUCUUAGACUUCUUAUUGGGUGAGCAACAUAGCCAAUCAACACAGUUGGAGCCUCCCUCCUCCCUGGCCAGCAGGGAGGGAGGGAGAGCAGCUGCUGCCUUUGAAAUUUAAGGGACAUCAUUUAAGGGACAUCCAUCAAUAAGGGACAGCAGUGGGACAUGGCGCUGGAAUAAGGGUCUGUCCCUUCAAAUAAGGGACACUUGACAGCUAUGGGGAUAGCUCACUUGGUAGAGCAUGAGACUCCUCAUCUUAGGAUCAUGGUUUUGAACCUCAUGUUGGGCAAAAGAUUCCUGCACUGCAGGGAGCUGGACUUGAUGACCCUUGUGGUCCUUAUCCAGUUCUACAAUUCUAUGAUGUUACAUGAAGGUCAAUAGGUUCAGCCUUUAGAAAAAGUGAAGCAUACCUUUGAAGCCUUUUUCUCUUUUCCUAGCACUCAUAUCUUGAGCAGGAAGUAUGGUACCUUUCUUAAGAUCAAAGAAGUAGAGGCGGUACAACCAUGUAAAAUUGCCUAAACCUCUUACUUCUUCAGAUCUAUUUCUAGCAACUCAUCUAUUAGGAGGUUCUUUGGAACACAGAAGAAAGUUUGCCAGGUACAGCGUAGAGCCAGCAAAAGUAAACACACAUUGUUGAGGUUUCACUGCCGUAGGCUGAUCACAACUCAAGUGUGCAGGACUUCAGUCUAGAACAAUUAGACAGACUCUUCCUCUUCCCUCCAUAUUUCUUUUUCCUUUUGUAUCAUGUCUCUUAGAUUGUAAACCAUUAUUACAAAAUGCAAGUGCCUCAACUGCUUUAGCAGAAAGGAAGUGUGUUAAAGUAAUUGGCUAGUUAGUAACUAAAAGCUCAUUAAUGUUCCCUUCCAUGUCUGAAUUUUAGUCACAAGUUACACAAAAUAGCAAAAUAAACAGUGAAUCCUUCUGCUUCUUCAAAAACAGGUCACAAGUUCUCAUUUGGAAAGACCUGGGGAGUGAGCACCAGAAACUCUCUGGAAGCAGGAAAGAGGCAGCCUUUUGUAUGGACUUCUCAUAUGUAAGCAGGGCAUGCCUAAUCAAAUUGCAUGCCAUAAAUUGCCAUCAGUUCAAAUAUAUGCGUUGUCAUCUGAAACAUAUUAAAGUUUCCCUUUCCUUUCCUUUAUAAGUAUACGCAUAAGAUAGUUUCUACCAGGGCUAAGUUGAAACUAUUUUCACAAUCUUCCCUCACCCACAGAAAACAAACCCUCCUUUUUAUGAUUUUUGGUACUCCUUGCAAAAAAGAAAAGAAAAGAGGAUGUUUCUAUUUUUCUCUCUCCUAUUUUUCUCUCGGACACCUUGGUAAACUAUGGUUUAGCUUUCUGCAAACAAGCCUCAUACGUCUGCAUACGCUUCUUCUUCCUGUACAUGCACAGACAGGACAGCAGAAGCAUUUGUGUCCAUUUACAACUAACUGCAUUUUAUGCCUAAACCGGGACAAACUGUGGUUCAUCAUGACCAUGGUUUGCCCCAAAGUCGUUUUCAAACCAUGGUUAUGAUCUCAGCUUGUUUGAAGAAACUAUAAUUAAAACUAAUUGCAGUGCCCCAUUGGGAGAAAAUGACAAAUCACCAUUACUUUACGACAGAAAAGGAUGCUUCUUCUUCUUUUUUUUAAUGUAUUUUUUAAUUAAAGAUUUCUUGGUUUACAAAA